AUGAGUCCCAGUAAUUCCCUUAGGUUUAUUAAGGCUGGAGAGUUGAAAGUAGCCUACCUAGUGGUCGGUCCUGAGCAUGGUACACCAGUUAUACUUCUUCAUGGGUUUCCCUACGAUGUUCAUGCCUUCGAUGAGACAUCAGAAUUGCUUGCAGAAGCGGGUUGCUAUUGUGUCAUUCCAUAUUUACGAGGAUACGGGCCUACUCGAUUUUUAUGUGCAAGCUCUUCUCGUUCUGGUCAACAAGCGUCUUUGGGUACUGAUUUACUAGCUCUCAUGGACGCUCUCAAAAUUUCAAAAGCAGUUUUAGGUGGAUUCGACUGGGGAGGUAGAGCUGCGUGUGUUGUGUCAGCAAUUUGGCCUUCCCGUGUGAAAGGUUUGGUGAGUUGUGGCCAUGGCUACAACAUUUUAGACAUAAAUGCUUCCACUGAACCUCUUGCACCCGAGCAAGAAUUACGCUUAUGGUACCAAUUUUAUUUCCAUUCAGAGCGAGGAAGACGCGGUUUAGCUUGUAAUCGAAAGGAGCUUUGCGAGUUGUUGUGGCGGCUUUGGUCGCCUACUUGGAACUUUAGCGAAGCCACUUAUGCUCAGACUUCAUUGGCGUUUGAAAACCCUGAUUUUGUUGACGUCGUCAUUCAUUCUUAUCGUCAAAGAUUUGAUGUUAUACCUGGUGACCAUUCAAAAGAGAAUAUUGAACGACAAUUGGCAGCUUUACCAAAUAUCACUGUACCUACGAUUGUUUUGGAGGGUGAAGAUGACGGAGUUGAGACGCAGCACAUGGAGAAAGAACGUUCCAAAUUCACUAACCUUCAGGAACACCUUAUCGUCCCUGGAAUUGGCCACAAUUUCCCACAGGAGGCUCCUAUAGCGUUUUAUCAUGCUAUUAUGAAACUUGUUCAUAUGGAUUAG